UCAUCGCCAACCACAAUGUCUACCUCAUUCUCGUCGGCUCACAGGCUCUAUGUCAAGUCACUCUACCGUCGUAUGCUGAAAAAUGAAUUAGACUGGGUUGUUCGCAGAGAUAUCUGGCGUGGUCGUGCAAUGAUGAUUAGAGCCGAGUUUGAGAGAAACCGUGACGUGACUGAGCCUAGAGCCCUUGCCCAGAUUCUUGAGAAAGCAGAGACGCGUCUCGCAAGCAAGUUGCAUCCCGACCCUUACAUCCCUCCUUCCAUGCCAGGAGGAACAAAGUGGGAACGCAAUAUACCUCCUACCAUUGCUCCUUUAUAUGAUCACACAGCUGCCGUACAUCAUUAAAUAUUGUAUACCUGCUUCAGCAUUCAAUGCACUCCGUUGUGUUGAACACCGGUCAUCUUGCUGUGUUUGCUGUACUGUCGUCAUCUAAUCCCUUUCUGGAACAUCGGCAUUUUCAGUAGCACGAGGUCUAACGUACUAUCAGUAUGACAUGCACUAGUGAUGCUGGCGUUGAACUCGUCACCCUUACCGAACGACUUGACGUUACGUCCACUGCUUACAGUCUCGAAUACACUGAUAUUUGGACCACAAA